UGCUUUUUCUCCUUUUUCAUGUUUUCCUACCUUCAGCUGUAAGUGGCUCCCCCGGAUUAUUACAGAGAGGAAAUCCUGGAAUCUGAGCCAUAGCCUCCAGAUAAAACUGUAAGCUUCUAGAAGAGGUGAUGGCUGUGGCCCUGGGUUGCGCAAUCCAGGCCUCCUUGAAUCAGGGCUGUGUGCUGCAGGAGUAUGACACUGACUGUGAAGUCUUCCGCCAGCGCUUCAGGCAGUUCCAGUACACAGAAGCCGCUGGGCCUCAUGAAGCCUUCAACAAACUCUGGGAGCUUUGCUGUCAGUGGCUGAAGCCAAAGAUGCGUUCUAAGGAGCAGAUCCUGGAACUGCUUGUGCUAGAGCAGUUCCUAACGAUUCUGCCCACAGAAAUAGAGACCUGGGUGAGGGAACACUGCCCAGACAAUAGAGAAAGAGUUGUGUCACUCAUUGAAGACUUACAGAGAGAGCUUGAGAUACCAGAACCACAGAUUGACAUGGAUGACAUGCUCUUGGAAGAACUGGCCCCAGUUGGAACAGUACCCAUGCCAGCAAACUUGCACCUGGAGGCACCUGCACUCCAGGUAAUGGAACCUGUCCAGGAGCCCCCAGUGCCAGAGGCCUGGAUUCCACAAGCAGGGCCACAGGAUCUGAACUUCAGUGCUGAUGGAGAAUGCCAGUCCUUUCUGGACCCUGGUUAUCAGUUACCAAAGCUUGACAUGAACUUCCCAUUGGAUCAUAGAGAAGAACAAUGGGUAAAAGAAUUACAGGAUCCCAAAGAAAUGAAACAAUUACUUGAGGAGUCCAAGAUUGGCUUCGAGAUGGGAAUAGAAAAUGAAGAUGAUACUUCGAAACAGAAAAAAUUGGAAAAUAUGUACCCAUUUGUUGUAACUUUAGAAGGGAAUGCUCUCCAUGGUCCCAUUUUACAGAAAGACUAUGUGCAGCUAGAAAAUCAAUGGGAAUCACCCCCGGAGGAUUUACAGACAGAUUUAACAAAGCUUGUAGAGCCUCCAAACCCCACUCUCGGAGAGACACCUGAGAGCUCCAAUUUGGAAGAACCUCUCAACCCGAAGCCUCCAAAGAAAAAGAGUCCCGGAGAAAAACCUCACCGAUGUCCUCAGUGUGGAAAAUGUUUCGCUCGCAAGUCACAGCUUACCGGGCACCAGAGAAUUCAUUCAGGAGAGGAACCCCACAAAUGUCCUGAAUGUGGAAAAAGGUUCCUGCGUAGCUCUGACCUUUAUCGGCAUCAACGACUUCACACAGGAGAAAGACCCUAUGAAUGUACCGUAUGUAAAAAGCGAUUCACUCGGCGCUCACACCUUAUCGGGCACCAGAGAACCCAUUCUGAAGAAGAAACAUAUAAAUGUCUUGAGUGUGGAAAAAGCUUCUGCCAUGGAUCAAGUCUUAAAAGACAUCUGAAAACGCAUACAGGUGAAAAACCUCACAGAUGUCAUAAUUGUGGAAAAAGCUUUAGUCGACUGACCGCACUUACAUUGCACCAGAGAACACACACAGAGGAGAGACCUUUUAAAUGUAGCUAUUGUGGGAAGAGCUUUAGACAGAGACCCAGCCUUGUAAUUCAUUUAAGAAUCCAUACAGGGGAGAAGCCAUACAAGUGCAGUCAUUGUUCUAAAAGCUUCAGGCAGAGGGCAGGCCUCAUUAUGCACCAGGUCACACACUUUAGAGGACUUCUUUAACACAGUUCACACUAGCUCACAAACAUUGUGGCCUGCACUAGCUGUUUGUCUUAGAAGCCCUUUGUCUGACUGUGUAAGUACAGCUUUGAGUGGUGCUAUUUUUAAAAACCAUCUUUCAACGCAUACGAUUUCUAGAGCGUCCCCCUAUUCUUGCAGUUUCUCUGAAUUUAAUACAUUGUGACUUUUUCUGUUGUUUAAUUGCAAUGGAAGCUUUUGGUAUGAUAGACAUAAGCACAAAGCAUAUAAAUGGUGGCAGUCGUUUAUAGGUAGGACCAAUGUAAUGAUGAGUAAUGGUGCCUGUCACAGUACUACCACACUUGUUCUCCUGUAUAAUUAAUUAUUAAAGGUGGCUAUAUUGAAAGCAACCAUUAGAUAGAUGUGCCCUACGUGGCAAGAAAUGAAGCAGUGAAUUUUGUCACACAUAA